AAUCCAGCGCUUACACGGUGCAACAUCCGGUUUUACAUUUCAUCAAGGCGAGAAAAGGAGGAGGAGAUGGACGUGCCCUGGUGAGUCUCGCGAGUCUCUACUACCCUGGUUUCCACAGUACCGAUAUCUGUAUCGACCCGCCCACUUCUGGAGCAACCCCCACGGAGGUCUUGAGGAGGACUCGAGUCCUUCCCAGCAUGUCAACAAACUACGUGAAGGGCUUUUUUGCCUUACUGCUCGUCUUGGAGGUUUCAUCAGCAGUGAAACAUUCUCUCAAAUACUUCCUCACCGCCACCUCGGGAAUUCGAAACUUCCCAGAGUUUGUUGGCGUGGCCAUGGUGGACGACGUCCAGGUGGGCUACUGCGACAGCAACAUCCAGUCGGCGGAGCCCAAACAGGACUGGAUGAAGGAACUGGUCCAGGCUGAGCCGUACCACCUGCACUGGUACAAGCUCAAGUGCUCCGGCAACCAGAAGGUCUUCAGGGAAAAACUCGAUGCUUUUAGUCGACGCUUAAACCAAUCUGGGGGCAGCCACAUCUUGCAGAGGAUGAACGGAUGCGAAGUGGACGACGAGACAGGCGAAGUGGAGGGCUUCAACCAGUACGGCUACGACGGGGAAGACUUCAUCUCGUUGAACCUGGAGACUCUGACCUGGACCGCCCCGAACCCGCAGGCUUUCACCACCAAACUCCUUUGGGACACAGAGACGGCCAGACUAGAAUACAACAAGAACUAUUACAUCUACAAGUGCCCCGAGUGGCUGAAGAAGUACGUCCACUACGGGAAGAGCGUCCUGGAGAGAAAAGAGCUUCCCGUGAUGUCUCUCCUCCAGAAGACGCCCUCAUCGCCAGUCUGCUGCCACGCCACGGGGUUCUUCCCCGACAGGGCCAUGCUCUUCUGGAGGAGAGACAGCGAGGAGGUCCACGAGCACGUGGAACACGGGGAGAUCCUCCACAACCACGACGGAACCUUCCAGAUGAGCGUCAACAUUGACUUGUCAUCCGUCCCGGCCGCCGAGUGGGGGGAGCACGAGUGCGUGUUUGAGCUGGAUGGCGUCAAGGAGCAGAUGGUCACCCGGCUGGACAAAGAUAAGAUCAGAACCAACUGGGUUCCUCCCCCAAAGUUUCCCGCUGGUCCCGUCGCUGGAGGCGUGACGGCGCUUCUCCUCCUCCUGGCGGCCGCUGCGGCUGGACGUUACGUUUGCAGGAGAAAGUAUAACGGAUUCCGUCUUCCUAACAGUAAGUACCGUACUUGGCCGUGCAGCUGCAGCCAUUCCAUGUGGCAGCCUUCUCUCUCCCUGCAGGUGGUGUCCAACUCAUGCCCCCACAAGCCCCGUGCCAAGUCCUUGCAGAAUGAGGGGGUCUCAUAUCUGCGACCAGAAGUGCAGGAACUCGUGGCGGCGGCCGUGACUGUCCUCCGUGCUUAUGAAGACUUUAAGGAUAGGAUGCUCGUUACCAAGCCUUUUGAUCGUGUGGACCAAAAGCAGCAGCAGGGAUGAAAUACUUCCGUCAGUACACUCCAAUAAGUAUACUGGCCACACCGUGGUAUGGAAGCCCGUUUCCAUGGAAAGAAAAUACAUAUCCCAACGCUAAAUCAUAAUUAUGACAUAAAAAGAGUCAAGCAGAAGUCAUCAAAAAGAGCAAAUCAAAGUUUAUUUGUAGAGCAGCAAUGGUGGCCAAGAAGCUUCACAAGAGUAAAAAGUGGUCAUAGCAAAUCGAAUAAGAUAGAAUAAAAACAAGUCAAACAAAAUAAAAAAAUAAAAAUCCAGGCACAGAAUCCCAACUAAAGUACAUAUGAUCAUCAUGUGCCACAAGCCAGUCUGAAUAAAUGAGUUUUUAAAAGAGAGUGAAAAACGGACAACUCCGUAGGAGAUCGUAGCGCAGGUGGAAGGGACUUCCAAAGUGUGGGGGCAAAAGCGCAAUCCGCCCAUUGUUUGUAUUUCAUCCUAAUGUUGUGUGUUGUGAAGAGCGCAGAAUGCUGGAGCAAGUUGAACACAAAUUAAAGGACUUUAAAAUGGAUUCUAGACUGUGCGGGAGCCAAUGGAGAGAACGGAGAACUGGAGUGAUAUGGGCGCAUUUUGGAGCAUUAGCAAGAAGGCGAGCAGCUGCGUUUCGUACCAACCGGAGCCUGCGGAGGAGGAACUGAUUGACUCCAGUGUAGAGGCCAUUGCAGUCAUCAAGCCUCCAGCUGAUGAACGCAUGAACGUUUGUCUUCUUCCGGCUCCUGUUUGAGCUGAUUUAUUUUGUGUUUAUAUUUGUAUUUACAUUCUGUUCCAUACCUCUACUGUACAGUACAUGCAUGUGUACAUGUUUCUGCUUGCUCUACCCAGUGUGGCUACAAUGUACAGUACACAUUUAUUCUUGUGUAGCUCAAAAUAAAGACGCAAUCAAUCAUUCAGUCAAAUUGUGAGAUAAAGUCAUUAAAAAAAGUCAAAAUAAGAGAAAAGUCAAAAUUGCGAGAUAAAAAGUCUAAAUGAUCAGAUAAAAAGUUGAAAUUAUGAGAUAAAAAGGUCAGAAUUAUGAGAUAAAACAAGUCUUAAUUAUGAGAUAAAGUCGAAUAAUGAGAUAUGUUGAAAUGAUGAGACAAGUCAAAAUUAUGAGAUAAAUGUCAUAAUUAGGAGAUUGGAAAAUCCUAAUUAUGAGAUAAAAAGUCAAAAUUAUGAGAUAAAUGUCAUAAUUAGGAGAUUGGAAAAUCCUAAUUAUGAGAUAAAAAGUCAAAAUUAUGAGAUAAAUGUCAUAAUUAGGAGAUUGGAAAAUCCUAAUUAUGAGAUAAAAAGUCAAAAUUAUGAGAUAAAUGUCAUAAUUAGGAGAUUUGAUAAUCCUAAUUAUGAGAUAAAAAGUCAAAAUUAUGAGAUAAAUGUCGUAGUUGGGAGAUUGGAAAAUCAUAAUGGUGAGAUUAAAAAGUCAGAAUGAUGAGAAAUGAUAUAAACGUCAGAAUUAUGACAUAAAAAGUCUACAUUAUGAGAUAAAUGUGAUAAUUUUGACAUAGGAAAGUCAUAAUUGUGAGAUAAAAAGUCUAAAUUAUUAAAUAAGAAGUCAGAAUUACGACAUCAAAAAGUCAAAAUGAUGAGAUAAAAUGUCACAAUUAUGAGACAAAACUGCACGUGUCUAGUGCCACGUGACGAAGGCGCCAGCGAAGGAGGCGGCACAUGCGCAGCUUGUAUCUCAUAAUUAUGACUUUCCUAUUUCAAAAUUAUGGCUUUUUAUCCCAUAAUUUCGACUUUUUAUCUUCUAAUUAUGACUUAGCAUCGGGAUAUUUUUUUCUUAAAGUGGCGGGCUUCCAUGUGCCAGACUAUACAAGUGACAUAUCAUUGUGUUUGUUUUGUAUGUAUUGUUGUGUACUACAUGAUUGUUGAAAUAAAGUAAAUAAAGUUUUGCUCCUCUCUGCUGCUUUGUAUGUGAGGAAUUGUGCGCUGCUCUCUCUCCCGCUCUACCUCUGCUCCUCAUUGCAGCGCACCUGCCAUCACCCAGCUCCCUCCUGA